CCGGAUUGUCAGCCUGACGUCACAGUUUAAAAUGGCUGCCUGAGAGGAAAAGUGUCGUGCUCGGGGCACCUCGCAGUAGGCGUGUCUCAUACGCGUUUGCUGGAAAAAUGAAGAAAGAGUGCUGUGAUAACUCGGGUGGCCUGACUUUAGCUCAUAGCGGCUCGUGCGAGGCCCUGCGCCCGGCCGCCCAGGGCCCCAGCACGGCUGCAAGCCCAGCUGCAGGCGGGAGCGGGGAGUGCAGCGCUUAAGAGACCGCUUGUCAAGUUUUGUGUACAUCGCUGGAGUAGGGCUUGACCCUAGAACACGGCCCCGCGAUGUGGAACAUGAUGUGUGACGUGAUGCCCACCAUCUCGGAGGACUCCAUCAGCCAGCGGGGGAGUCAGUUCGCCGGGGAAGAUGCCAACUUCGAGCAGCUUAUGGUGUCGAUGCUCGACGAGCGCGACAAGCUGCUGGAAAACCUCCGGGACGGCCAGGACCGACUGGCCGAGCUGGAGGCAAAGCUCGCGCAGGUGGAGAAGGAGAGGGACUCCUUGCAGAGGCAGAUCUCGGCCAGCUUGCCUCAGGAGCUUGCAACACUGACUAAGGAACUAAAUCAAUCAAGAGAACAACUUCUGGAGAGGGAAGAGGAAGUUGCAGAAUUAAAAGCUGAACGUAAUAACACCAGGCUCUUAUUAGAACAUCUAGAAUGUUUAGUGUCUCGCCAUGAGAGAUCAUUGCGCAUGACAGUGGUGAAAAGACAAGCUGCUGCCCAGAGUGGUGUUUCUAGUGAAGUUGAGGUUCUUAAAGCUUUAAAAUCCCUUUUUGAACAUCACAAAGCCCUUGAUGAAAAGGUUCGAGAAAGGUUGCGAGUCGCACUUGAACGUAAUUCAACUCUUGAAGAGGAGCUUACAGCUGUCAAAGAAGAGCUUCAGCAGUUGAAAACUGGUGGAAGAAUUCCUUCUUCUGAAGACAGUGGAAAACCCAAAGAAAAUGGACAGCAGGAAUCAGAUGAUCAUUCACGGAAUGACCAGUUGCAACAGCAGCAGCAGCAGCAGCAGCAACAACAGCAACUUCAACAGCAAAUUAACAAGCAACGCCUUUCAAAUGGGGGUCUUGAACUAGAGAUGGAAUCAGAGAGAGAGGGUUCAAUCCAAAAGCAGACUGCUGAACUGGCUCAAUGGCAAAGGAGGGUUGCAGAACUUGAGGAAAAUCUGGCAAAGGCUCAGAAAGAAGUCCUGAAAAUGCAAGAUGGCAACUCCAAACUUCAGCGGGACUUGAGAGAAAAUGUAGCCCAAAAGGAAGACCAAGAGGAACGAAUUGCAACCUUAGAGAAGCGCUAUGUGAAUGCUCAACGAGAAUCUACUUCGUUACAUGAUCUUAAUGAGAAACUGGAGCAGGAAUUGCAACACAAAGAAGCCCAGUUAAAGCUUCAAGAGGAAAAGAUUCGUGCCAUCCAGGAAAAACUGGAAUUGGCUGAACAGAAGCUGGCUCAGUAUGCCAAACUACCAGAAAUGGAAGAGGAGCUGAAGCAACGCAUGGAGGCCUUGAGCCAGGUGAGGGCACAGGCGCAGGAGCGGCAUGGCUCGGCUGAGGACCGUAUUCAACGUCUUGAAGGCCAGUUGGAUGAAAAGAAUGCAGAAGUACUGCGCCUUAACCAACGCCUGAAAAUCAAUGAAGAACAUAACACCAGGCUGUCUGCUACUGUUGAUAAACUUUUGUCAGAAUCAAAUGAUCGUCUGCAAGUUCACUUGAAAGAACGGAUGCAUGCUCUGGAAGAAAAGAAUGCACUGCAGCAGGAGCUAGAUAAACUACGGAAGGUCUUGGAAGAUCUUCAAGGAGAAAAAGGCAACAUUGUUAAGGAGCUAAGUAAGGCCAGAAUGGAAAAUGAUAAUGUGAAGCGGCAAAUGUUGCAGCAGGAAAUAGCGUACAAUAUUCAACAAACUGAAGCAUUAACAAGGAGCUUGUCUCCCAGUGCAGUUGAUGCCAGCUUUGUUCGUAGUUCUAGUCAGUUAAGUUUUGACACCCAUUCCUUACCAAGGAGACAGAAGAGUAGACUUGGACUGGAUGAUGAUCCUGCUAAAGACUGGGAAAAAUUGCAGCAAGCUCAAAUGCUCUUUGAUACAAGUGAUGCUGAGGGUGAUGACAAUGAAAGCAUUUUUAGUGCUGCAGACAUUCUGAGCCCCACUGGCCACACAGAUGCUCAGACCCUAGCUCUUAUGCUCCAGGAACAAUUGGAUGCUAUCAAUAACGAGAUACGAUUAAUUCAGGAAGAAAAGCAAAGUACUGAAGCCAGAGCAGAAGAACUAGAAUCUCGUGUUGGAAGCCUGGAGCAUAUGAAUCUUUUAUCUCGUGGUCGCAGCUUUGAUAGAGUUUCACCCCCUGUCAGUGGCAGGUCGACUCCCAAAUCACAUCAUUCUCCAAGUCGGGAUUAUCUUCAUAAAUAUCACACGGCUCCAGCCUCAAUGUCACCGGCUCAUCUUCAUCAAUAUACAAUCAGCAGCACUAUGAGCCCUGAAUCGCUGCCAGGCAGCCAGCUACAACUUGGUCCGUUGCCUGGUGAUCUUUCGUCUGAAGAACUUCAUUCAGUUACUGGAGGUGAUAGCAGUGGAGCUGCAAGUCCAUUGACAGCUCGUUCAAUGCGGCUGGAAAGAGUAGCACAAGCCCUAGCUCAAAGUCAAGAAGAGCUACGCAGACGAGUUGGUGCAAGCGCUAUGCCGGGCCCAGGGGCCAUCCUCAACCAAAGGCCCGGCGGUCUCUGCACACCCCCAUCCCCUCUGUCUUCUCGCCACAGCAGCCAGGACUCCUUACACCGAAAUCUUCUUGGAGGACCAUCCAUGUAUGCUGGUGGCUACCAGAGCAGCUAUGGGUCUGGAAUGAUGGUGUCAUCUUCAAGUGGCACUGUAAAUGCAGCUGCUUCUUCAUCAGCUGCAGCUGCAGCUGCUGCAGCUCAAAAGAAGAAAGGUAUCAAGUCUUCUCUUGGACGUUUCUUUAGUAAGAAAGAGAAAGCAACGGGAGAGGUAAAGGGAAAAGAAAUGGCCUAUGGAACUAUUGACAGCUAUGGCGAUGGUGACCUAAGUUCUGCUGAUACCAUGAGUUUGAGUGGUAUGGGGCAAAAGGCAGAUUUUGAUCGCAGAAAGAAGAAAAAUGUUCUUUCAUGUCGGCAUGAACUUCUUGCUGAAGCCAUGAAAGCAGGAACUCCUUUUGCUCUGUGGAAUGGUCCAACAAUAGUUGCAUGGUUAGAACUUUGGGUGGGCAUGCCUGCCUGGUAUGUGGCUGCCUGCAGAGCAAAUGUCAAAUCAGGUGCAAUCAUGAGUGCUCUCAGUGACACAGAGAUUCAGCGAGAAAUUGGGAUAAGUAACCCAUUACAUAGGUUGAAGCUUCGAUUAGCAAUACAGGAAAUGGUAUCAUUAACAAGUCCGUCUGCACCCAAAACUUCUCGCACUACUUUAGCUUUUGGGGAUAUGAACCAUGAAUGGAUUGGAAACUAUUGGUUACCAUCAUUGGGCUUAACUCAAUACCGAUCCACUUUUAUGGAAUGUCUUGUUGACGCAAGGAUGCUUGACCAUCUAACCAAAAAAGAUUUACGUGGACAACUGAAAAUGGUUGAUAGUUUUCAUAGAACUAGUCUGCAGUUUGGCAUAUCAUGUUUGAAGAGAUUGAAUUACGACCGGCAGGCUUUAGAGGAUAGGAGAAAAUUAUGUGAAAACGAAGUUCGGGACGUACUUGUGUGGUCGAAUGAAAGGGUGAUUCGUUGGGUUAGCUCUAUUGGUCUGAAGGAAUAUGCUAACAACCUCUUGGAGUCAGGUGUUCAUGGGGGUCUUAUUUCUUUAGAUGACAGCUUUGAUUGCAACAGCUUAGCUCUGGCUCUUCAAAUCCCUACACAAAACACUCAGAUGAGACAAAUGUUAGAUGCAGAAUUUAACAAUCUUGUGGCAAUUGCAACAGACCGGCAUGUGGAUUCAGAGGGACCAAAAUCUUGAUAUUACACCACCCGCCUACCACAAGACCAAUAAUUUAUUGUUCAACUAUCCACAAAUCUGUGCUGCAGACACUCUACUCAAGCGCCUUUACAAGAUCAAAGGCUGCUCUUGUAAGCUAGUGCAGAUGGAUAGUAGUGGGCGGGUGCAGUUUAUGGUACUGGAAUUUUCAGUGUACACUAGUCGUGUUGGAUUUGAACGGACUUGCAAGUGUAGGAUUAGUUCCCUCAUUUGCCCUUGUUCUUGUUAAGUUUGUAUGCUUGUUGAGUGUAAAAAUGCUAAAGAAACUGAGGAAACAGCUUAAGUAUUAAAUGUUUCUGAAUGUAGCACCUGGUCAAGUGUGCCAUUAGUAAGAGGAACAUCACACGUAAAUUGUUGUUGGUUGAUACCUCAUGUAUUCUUACAGUAUAUGUUAAAGUCAGGAAAGUUCUGUUCAUAUUAAUGUUCAUCCUGCAACACUCAACUUAAGAGGCCAUUUGUGUCAAGAGAACAUGUUGAGUAGUCAAGGUAUAUAUGGUACCUUAAAAUCACUUAUCAUCAACAAUGAAUAAUUCAAUGCAGUAUUAAAAUGUUUUUACCGUUUUGUUUGUAAUUUUCUGAAUGUUGUAACAAAUUAACAUAUUGUUAUGAAAUAUCUUCCAUUGUAUUGUACAUGUGUAAUUAGCCAUCUGGAGUAUGGCUCAUGCUCCCGGCUGCAGUUGUAGAACCAAAGAUAAUGUGACCUAUCCACAUUUGUAUAUAGACUGUGAAGUGGAUAGGCUGCCUUAGUUUGCAAAGUGAGCUGCAUUCUUCUCACUGUGCAUGUGUCAGUAAUACCAGCACCCUCAUUUGUUGUCAAAGACUGACUUGAAUGUAUACGUACUGUACAGUGUCAGGUGAUGGUGUUGGUUUUCUUGCUGGCGGUAACUUUUUCUGUGCCUAUGUUAGAUACAAGGUUUAUGUCCCAAUUCAUUUCAUCAUUCAUCUAACAAAGCAGAUCCUUACAAACAAUAUCUGAUUUUCAGAAAUUUUAAAACUGUCCUUUUGCUUGCCAUCUUGAGACUGUUUCUGGCAUUGUAGUUACUGACAUGUUCAAGUUUCCGAGUCAGUUAGAGAUUAUGUUAGCUAGCAAAAGGUCAGCUAACCCUGAAUUACAUGACUGAACUUAUGGCAGAGGGAUGCAUAGUAAACUUGAACAAUUAAUUAAAUAGGAAGAGAUUUUUUUAAGUUUCAACAAGAAUUGACCUGGCCCACAGAAAUGUCAAAAGGAAGCAUAAGGAAGAUUUUAAAUGUAUAAAUGCACCCAGUAUUAACUUAUUUGUGCAUAUUUCUGGUUAGGAAUAUUUUAAAAAUAAGCAUAAAUCAGAUUGUGUAGGUUUGUUAACACCUUGAAGUCAAGCCAAUGUUAAUGUUUCUCUAGUCAAUAUGCCGCCAACAAAUAUAGCCCCAUGCUUGAAUCUAUGUUCAACAUUUAUUCUGGCAUAUGUUGCUUAUUCCAUGAGCUAAGUAUUUCUGUAUCCCAGUCAAAAUAUAAACUGAUAUUUAGGUGCUGUA